UCAGCUGAAACCAGGGUGCGUAGUUUUACUAACGUACGCACUCACCUGCAUCAACUAAAGCUCGCCAACAAAGGUUCGGUCUUUGAAAGUUAGAGAGAGAAAGUAGAGAGAGAGAUGGGUGACUCUAACAACAACAGGGACAACAAAAGGAUAGGGUACAUGGUGGUGACCCAGCAAAAGCACAGGACCAGUGAUCUUAGUGCAAUGGUGAAGAUUUUUAGCCACUUCCUCACCCUAGCUCCGGCAUCCGCCUCUCUCUGUCCAAUCACACCCCACCACCUGGCUAAGAUAUCCAACCUUAGCUUCAAUUUUACACACACUCUCCCCCUCCCUUUCUCUCUCAGGCUCGGCUUUUUCCUCGAUGCUGACCUAGGGUUUUGAGACUUCUGGUGUGACCCAGAAAGCUAUCGAAUGUGAAGUGGAGAAAGCAUUCUGGCCAGCAAAUUGGCAUUUGUGCCUGCCUUUUUGGCCACCAUGGAAGGAUUUAGAAGUCUUGGGAUCAGUGAUAAAAACAGCGCCGUGAAGAAGAAGAGGAGUAAUACAUCCCGUCGUCCUCGGAAUGACUCACAGCCUUCAGAUUACCGUGAUUUUUCGUCCUUGUCAUCCACGCCACCUUCAGAUAAUGUAAGCAAAGUAUCAAGCGAUGAGAACAAUGAUUAUGGUUCAGUUUCUCGAAAGAAAGAAAUCAAUUUGGAACUUUGCAGCACAAGGGCUUUAUCUAUUAACGUUGCUGAAGCUGAAUCUGGGCAGAAUAUGAUCAAGAAUGAAGAUGGAGGAUUCGGAGAUUCCGAUGAAGCUUCCAAUAAUGGUUCUUUCCGAGGAAGUAAUGAGCAGGUACACAGUGUAGUUGAUUCCAGAAGACACAGUGAAGGUGUCCUUGCGCCAGCUGAUUAUAAAGGCACGAACAAGGUGGGGCAUUUUGGAGUUGUUUCAGAUGGCUUAGAACAUGAGAACAAAGUGAAAAAGGUUAAGCUUAAAGUUGGUGGUGUCAUACGUACAAUUCAUGCCAAGUCAAUAUCAGAUGGUGCAUCUGGUGUUGGAUCGUCUACUACCAAAUCUUCUCGCAUUUCAGAUGCCCCUCACCCACGGCAGAAGUUGAUUGGUCAGGAAAAUUCAGAUGACAACCGUUCCCUUAUUUCAGAUAAGGGGAGCGGCUUACGGGGGGUUCCUUGGAAGGAUUUUUCCAAAUAUGGUUUUAAUGUGAGAAAAACUGAUUCUUCAAGGAGCAGGAUGCCUGAAGAAAAUAUUUCCACAAACCAAGCUGAUAAAUUUGAGCCUAUUCGCAAAAGCAAACGGAUCUCCAAGAGACGUGUGUUGGAUGAAGUGCUUGGUGAUGGAGAUGAUGAUGAUGAGAUUAAAUACCUUGAAAAACUAAAAACAUCUAAGGCUACCAUUGAUUACAGUGUAGAGGAUGAUGAUGAUGAGGAAGGAGGAAGCAGGAAACAACGGAAGAUAUCAAGGGUAUUGAAGAGUAAUGUUGAUGUGGAAGGUCACCUCUCAUCAAGAUCAGGCAAGGAGGGUAAGAAGUCUCGAUCGGGGAGAGUAUUUGAUGAUACUGAUUAUGUAGAAGAGGAAGAACCAAUCUCAGAUGGUGAGAACAAUACUAACAAGAAGAAACCAAAAAAGGAAUUUGUUGAUUUAUUGGGAGAUAAUAAGAAGGAAAUAACAAUUACUACACGUCAACGGGCCCUUCAAACUGGCAAAGAUGUCUCUUCCGGCUUAGGCGCAAGUCUAAUUGAGUUCCCAAAUGGCUUGCCUCCUGCUCCACCUAGGAAGCAAAAAGAGAAACUGUCUGAAUUGGAGCAGCAGUUGAAAAGAGCCGAGGCUCUUCAGAGACGUAGGAUGCAAGUGGAGAAGGCAGCUAGGGAAUCUGAGGCUGAGGCUAUCAGAAAAAUCCUGGGACAAGAAUCAAGUAGGAAGAAGCGGGAAGAUAAGAUGAAGAAACGGCAAGAAGAAUUGGCACAGGAGAAGGCUGCAAACUAUAUGGUACUUCCAUCGGACUCUGUUAGAUGGAUCAUGGGUCCCUCAGGAACAGUUGUUACAUUCCCUAAUGAAAUGGGCUUGCCAACUAUAUUUGAUUCCAAGCCUUGCAGUUACCCCCCUCCCCGUGAGAAAUGUGCUGGGCCAUCUUGUACAAAUCCAUACAAGUACCGGGAUUCCAAGUCAAAGCUCCCCUUGUGCAGCCUCCAAUGCUACAAGGCAAUAAAGGAAAAGAUGCAGCCUGUAACAGCCUGUUAAUUAGGUGGAUAUUUGUCUUAGUUCUUCAUGGAAUAAGACUCUUUUGCUUUAAUCAAUAAGAUUGUACUAGAGAGAAGACACAAGUGUUUGGAAUAUA